AAUGCCAGAUUUAGUGUUCAGUCCAGAGAGUGAUCAACUAAUGCCCACACAGGUCCCUAGCUGGCGACCCUGAACUCAACGAUAGAGACAAGGUCAGGGCAGUCUCUCCCACAGUGUAAGCCUGGCCGUACUGUCUUCUGGGCAGCAGUGGCAUUUCCAAACUCUCUCAACCAUGGGAGCAGGAGCCAGCGCAGAAGAGAAGCACUCAAGGGACCUGGAAAAGAAGCUGAGAGAAGAUGCCGAAAAAGAUGCAAGAACAGUCAAACUCCUACUGCUGGGUGCUGGAGAAUCUGGCAAGAGCACUAUUGUCAAGCAGAUGAAAAUUAUUCAUCAAGAUGGCUACUCCCGUGAGGAAUGUCUUGAGUUCAUCAGCAUUAUCUACAGUAACACUUUGCAAUCCAUGAUGGCUAUCGUCAAGGCAAUGACCACACUGAACAUCGGCUAUGGAGACAGUGCCAGACAGGAUGAUUCUCGCAAACUGAUGCAUCUGGCCGAUACCAUCGACGAGGGGACUAUGCCAAAGGAGCUGUACGAAAUUAUCAGCCGCCUGUGGAAGGAUUCAGGCAUUCAGGCUUGCUUCGAGCGAGCCUCGGAGUACCAACUCAAUGAUUCUGCCGGCUACUAUCUCAAUGACCUGGAUCGGAUUGUCCAGCCUGGAUACCUCCCCACUGAGCAGGAUGUCCUGCGCUCAAGAGUAAAAACCACUGGUAUCAUUGAGACUCAAUUCGGAUUUAAAGAUCUCAACUUCAGAAUGUUUGAUGUCGGUGGACAACGCUCUGAGCGCAAGAAAUGGAUCCACUGCUUCGAAGGCGUCACCUGUAUCAUCUUCAUUGCUGCACUCAGUGCGUAUGAUAUGGUGCUGGUGGAGGAUGAUGAAGUGAACCGUAUGCAUGAGAGUCUGCAUCUCUUCAACAGCAUCUGUAAUCAUCGCUACUUCAUCGCAACUUCCAUCGUCCUCUUCCUCAACAAGAAGGAUGUGUUCCAGGAGAAAAUCAAGAAGACCCAUCUGAGCAUCUGCUUCCCAGACUAUGAUGGAAAUAACUCAAUGGAGGAUGCUGGAGCUUACAUUAAAACCCAAUUCCUGGAACUAAACAUGAGGAGAGAUGUGAAGGAGAUUUACUCGCACAUGACCUGUGCCACUGACACAGAGAACGUCAAGUUUGUGUUCGAUGCAGUGACAGACAUCAUCAUCAAGGAGAACUUGAAAGACUGCGGUCUCUUCUAAAUCUCUUCCAGCUCCCCAAGGAGUUCUACAAUACUCUCACAAAAUUAUCCACAAAUGUUAUCCUUCAAUGAAUGAACCCAGAGAGGUCUGCUGAUGAUGUAUCCAUUCUGUUUGUGAUCAUUGGCUAUGAUUAAGAUGUGAACAGAAGCAAUUCCAUUAAAAAUUCAAGUAACCUGUAAUGAUCCAAUCAACCCAGCUGAUUUUCCUCCUGAAGGCAAAGUUAUACUUUUUAACCAAAGUUUCUUUCCUACAGUAAUAUUGACUCAAUACAGCUUGUCAAAUAAAUAUCCACGAUAAUUAGAUUGAAGAAAUGUUGGGAUUGCCUAUCAGUUCCAGAUUUGCAUGGGGUAUAAAGGUACACAGUAGCACUGUUAUCCUGUGCAUUAAACUAGUAAACUAGGGAUUUAUAGUGGGUGCUCUUCUCUGAAAUAAACAACUCAAUUUAGUUGA